AUGCAUAACUCUAGACCAACUCACUAUGAUGUAGCUAAUGAUUCUACGUCCUUGCUGGAUUACUUUUUGCUUAGUGAUGCCUCUUGUAAUGUCGUUUCUCAUCAGGUUCAGUGCCAAUCAAUAUCGGAUCAUGCCCUAAUAUUUGGUUCCUUCAAUUUUAAUACCACAUCACAUAGAAAAUAUAUUGAAUAUAGGGACUAUAACAACAUAGAUUGGAACGGAAUAUUUUCAUGUCUUUCUAAUUUUAAUUGUGAUCCUUUACUUAACUCUACUUGUGUUGAUAUUAAGUGUGACUAUUUCUCCUCUCUUGUUGCUGAUCUUUUUGCAUAUGUUCCGAUUGUAAAGAAGCGUAUCUGGGUUAAUUGUGAUUCUUGGAUGAAUUCUCAUGCUAUAUCUGUGGCUAGAUCUUUAAGAGAUAUGGCUUAUGCUACAUAUCGGUCUGAUCGUUCUAUUGAAAACUGGAGUAUGUACUGUAGACUUCGUAAUAAGGCUAAAAGUGUUAUUAGGAGAGAAAAGAGGAAGUAUUUUUUGCAACUUUUUGGUGGACUUGAUACGGCUGGCUUAUGGCGUGUUCUACGGAAUUCGGGAUGUGCUGGAGAUAGUAAUAAUAUGACAUGGGAUGGUGAUGUUGAUAGUUUAAACGAAUUUUUUGCAGGAGGUCAUGAUUCUAAUAAUAAUGUUGAAUAUAAUCUUGAUAAUGUUCAUAAUUAUAAUAACACUUUUUCAUUCCGCUGUGUGGAUGAAUUAGAGGUUGCUGAGGCCCUGAGUAAGGUGAAGUCUGGUUCAAUUGGUCCUGACUGUAUUCCUAUCAAAUUUCUCAAACUUAUUUUUCCUCAUGUUUCUAUAUUAUUACUUGAUUUGAUUAAUUACAUUUUCUUAACAUCCAGAUUUCCAGUCUCUUGGAAAACUGCACGUGUUGUACCCAUUCCUAAAUCUAAAACUGUGAAUACUCCUGAUGAUCUUAGACCCAUCUCUAUUUUACCAGCGCUGUCUAAAGUUGUUGAGCAUCUCAUUAACAGUCAGAUGCUUCACUCGGUCAUUGAUAAUAUUUAUCAAUUGCAAUAUGCAUUCCGGUGUGGUUUUAGCACUACGUAA